AUGGCCACGCCUGGCAAUCCUACCACCCGCGAAGCAUACUAUCACCCGUUGACGGGCAUGGUGGCAUCCGGGCUCCGGGAAGAACUUGACUGUGCAGACAUUUGGGCGCAUCCUCUGCUUUUCAAUUCUGAUCAGCCCACUUUCUUUUCGUUUCAGGAAUCCUUCGACGAUUUUACUCACGACCACCCUCGGCAUGAUCUCGCUAUGCCGGGGGUUGAUGAUCGAUACAAUCACCUGUCGUUGGGGACGGCGGAUGAGCUCUAUCAGUCACGAGACGCACCCAGUCAUUGCCCAUCUUUUUCCAGCCUCCAAUCAAGCCUUCAUACGGGGCCUAGAAUGAUACAGUUGCCCGAGCUGUAUACAACAAACGAUAAUUUCCCCGAACUUAUAUCGUUCGACGAAGCAACGACACAGUCCCUCAGCCGACCCCGAAACGCCUCCUGGCCUGCGACCAGUCUGCUUUCGACAUCAACAUCCGCACACCUCUCUGGCCCACCCACGCCAUUCACAGACAGUGUCAGCACAUAUUACGCCCCAUCAAGACCGCAAUGGGAUACACUCGUCUCACACCCCGAUCCCUCGCAGCUCUCGUUCACAGGGUAUGACGAUUAUCUCGAUUGGGUCUGGACUGCCGCAACACUGGCGCCGGAGGUCUGGCAGGAGCAGCACUUGGGCGGCGCAGCCGGGCCCGCCCGGAGCAGCCCGUUCCGAAGGAGACGGUCUGGGAAAAAACAGCCGGUUGCGUGCGUGUUCUGUCGGGAGCGCAAGAUCGCGUGUGGGCGGCCCGCGGGGGCUGCCGACGGCGGCGGCACCGGCGCCGGGGAUCAAUCUUGCAAGUACGUCGUGCUCUAUCCUGUUCUGCGGUCUACACCAGAGUGA